AUGAAAAUUGCAAGACCAUCAUUCUCAUUCUUAAAGAAACAACCAAAGAUACUAAAUGAUCAAGCACCAUUGAAUGAAUUAAAAGAGUCACGUUUCCAAGUUCAACAAUUACUAGGUACCGAUGAAUUCAUCAAAGGCAAAUGGUCACAACCUAGAAUAUUGGCAGUGUGCGAAGAUGGCAUCAAGAUUAUCACAUCCAAUGAAAGUCAAGUACUCGAUGAAUUCCUUUGGGUCAGCAUCAAACAAUUCAAUCUCAAGGAAAAUUGGACCGAAUGGGAAAUUGAAUUAAAGGAUCGCAGAAAAAUCUAUUUCAAAUCUGACAAGGCUUUCGACUUGCAUAUGGCUACCGAUCAUAUCCUAGAUGGUUUAAUUAGAAAUACAAGAUCAAAUGGUUAUGAAAAAGCUUUCUAA